CUUACUAACACUACUCUACACACACAAACUGCUUUCGUGACAUUGAAACACGUGAAAAGCGGGGUCGCCACCAUAAUAAUUCGCUGUAAGAGAGGGUUAACACUCGCGUGUGUGUUGGUUUUUGAUUAAUCAUGGGGAAAAAGGACAAGAAGAAAGGGAAAGGAGCGGAAAAGACUGCGUCAAAAACGGAAAAGAAGGUGACCCAAAAGUUGAAGAAGGAAAUGGCAGCAAGAGGAGAGGAAGACAUUGAUGCUCUUAUUGCUAAGUUUGUCGAGGAAGAUAAAGCCAAAACAGCUGUUACAGAAGAAUUGGUUCCACCACCUUCAAAGCGUACCUCAUUUACACUCACUGCUCAUCCUGAUAAAGAUCAAUUGAUAUUUUUUGGUGGCGAAUAUUUCAACGGCAGCAAAACAUUUUUAUAUAAUGAUCUGUUUUUCUACACUAUGAAACAAAAUCGAUGGUUGAAGGUUUGUAGUCCUGGAGGUCCAACACCAAGAGCUGCACACCAAGCUGUUGCUGUUUCACAGGGAGGAGGGCAGCUAUGGAUUUUUGGGGGUGAAUUCACAUCACAAAGUCAGUCUCAGUUUCAUCACUUUAAGGACUUGUGGGUUUUCCACUUCAACACGAAGAAGUGGGAAAAGAUUGGUGCAGUUGGUGGUCCUUCAGCCCGUAGUGGUCAUAGAAUGGUGGCUGUUAAAAAGCAGAUAAUUGUUUUUGGAGGAUUUAAUGACAAUACUCGAGAAUACAAAUACUUCAAUGAUGUUUAUGCCUUCAACCUUGAAACAUAUAAAUGGAAUAAGUUAGAUGUAGCAGGUAAUGCACCGUGUCCACGAUCUGCUUGCACGAUGGUUCCUUUAUCAGAUGGACGUGUGUUAAUAUAUGGAGGAUACAGCAAAGAAAAGGUUAAAAAAGAUGCAGAUAAAGGCAUUACACACACUGAUAUGUAUUUUUUGUCACCAGACAAACAUGACACAACAGGCCUGAAGUGGAAGUGGCAGUCUGUGAAGCAGGCAGGAGUUAAACCAUCUCCAAGAUGUGGGUUCUCAUUGGCUGUCACAACAGGGGAUAAAGCUGUGUUGUUUGGUGGUGUUUAUGAUGAAGUUGAUGAUGAGGAGGAACUAGAAGGUGUAUUUUACAAUGAUAUGCACUUGUUGGACUUGAUGAAACCAACUUGGCAUCCAGUGACAGUUUCUGGUAAAAAAGAAUUGGGAAUAGAAAAGAAGAGACGCAGGAAGAAGAAAGAUGGCGAAGAAGCUGAGAAUGAAGAUGAUGCUGAUGAUGAUGAUGAUGAGGAGGAGGUGGAAGAAAAAAUGGAGAACAUGAAAGUCGAGGAUGGUGAAAAAGUAAUUAGUGAUGAUGGUGUUUUUACGGUGACUGUUGGUCCCUCUCCAUCAGGAGUGGGCUCUGGGAAUAAAAACCCUGGUACAGAAGCUGGAAAUGUGGAUGUAUUUCUUCCACCACCAAGAAUAAAUGCUGGCAUGGUUGUUAAAAAAGGAAUACUAUACUUGUAUGGUGGAAUGUUUGAAGAUGGAGAUAAGCAGCUUACAUUAAACGAUUUCUAUUCCUUAGAUUUAAAUAAAUUAGAAGAAUGGAACACCAUAAUUCCCCUGGAUCCAGCAGAUAUGGAAUGGUUUGAAUCAGAUUCUGAAGAUGACGAAGAGGAUGAUAUGGAUGAAGAGGAGGAUGAUGAUGAAGACGAAGGAGAAGAUGAAAGUGACAAUGGAGAUAAGAACAUGGAUGUUGAUUAGCAGGCAGUGAUUUUAUUUUGAGGGUAAAGUGGACAUUUCCCAGCAAAAAUAAUGUUGCUUAUACAGUGCUACUUUAUUCUUAUUGACGUGGAAGGAAGCCAAGCUAGUAUUGUAACUAAAAUCUUUUCAUACCUCAAAAUGGUUAUUGAAAUGUAAAAUUUAGCAUAUUUACAUUUUGUCUUUCAGCAUACUUUUAUUCUUUUUAAUUUGUGGUAGAGUAGAAAUACUUCUAUAUUUUGUUAUUUAACAUUUAUUACAUUGCUUGGAUUUACAAAAAAAUUUGCCUUGUUUUCAUGAUAUAUGUUGUUCUCAUUUCAAGGAAUUUAGACCUUUAUUAUUUGUUGACAAAGGCAAAGGCAGAUAAUUUAACAGAAAACACCAGUGUGUAUCUUUGUUAAGAUAUAGUUUCAGCAGAAAGAUUUUUGAAAUGGGGAAUUUACUUUUAGUGUUAUAUCUUGUUAAUGAAUUGUAACUAUAACAUA